AUGUCUCAUCAAGGCGACUUGUCUGCUAGCACGAGCUCCCCUUUAUCACCUCUUCUUUUCAGACCUCGCUCAUCUCCUCCAGCUACUGGCUCCAGCUCUCUCCAGCCAAGCUCCGCCAACCGCAUAUCCUCAAACCCAAACCUUAACCAGUUACUCAGUCCCAGUGACUUAGUUGGCCCGUCUCCUGUCACUUCAAACGGCACAGAAGCCACCGAAAUCGAGGAUGAUGUCGCCGAUGAUCUACUGAGUCCUCAAGACGGUGACCCCACACAGCACACUGAGCUUUUGCCUCUCAAGACUACUCUUCCCGAUAGCAUCCGUCAAAAGGGCCCCGAGGAGGCAGACUCCGUCAUCCACGCGCCCGAGAGCUUCCGAAGCUGGACCGCCAGCGACUCUACCACUCGCGCAAGUCAAAGUCAAACCAGCGAAAAAUCCUCACCGCAAAUGGACGACGCCAGCUUGCCCUCCAGUCCGCCCAACGCCUAUCAUGAUCUCCCUCCAGUCAAGACCGAUCUCAAACCAGCGAGGUUCACCCUCGAUAAUUCCACCCCGCGGGCUCAGGACCUCCAAGAUAUGUUGGCCGAAAGCAACCGCUUGCGUUCAAGCAGUACAAGCAGCCUAGAAAAAAUUGAGGAGCAGACAGAGGCCGAAGAUGAUGACGAUGACGACCUUUAUUCCGAUGGCGAGGGACUUUUCGGCAGAGCGCAGCUAAGCGGACAGCAUAAUGAAAUCGAGCGACUCAAGCUUUUAUUCAACACAGCAUGGGCAUGCUGUCUCGAGUUCGGCAGCUACAACGCGCGGCGUAAGAAGCGAGAUCUAGGCAGCUCUUCAGUUUCCGAUACCCAUGUGUAUGCUUGGCAGACGUGCUGGAAGCUCUGCGAGCGACUGUACAAUGACGAAACCAGUGACAAGGACUCCCUCAAUGUCCGCGACGGCUUGAAUUUGUGCCGAAAGUUCUGCCAAGCGUUAUUCGAACUCAGGCCAAGGAAGGAUGAGAAUUUCGACUCAACGCUUCGUGUCAGCUUUGAGCUUAACAACCAUCUGUAUAGUGGUCAGGAUAAUCGAAACCUUCCAGAAGAAUUCAGAGAACGCACCCUUGACUUUUACGUCACCCUCUGCCACCGCCUCAUGAAGCAACGAAGCGUUUUGCAAGACGAGUCGGACAGAAUCUUGAAAGCUUGCUGGUCCUUGACAGAAGUACUCUUCAGCGUUCGUCAGAACCGACGGGAAGGGAACCCACCGGAUGAGAAUCUCUUCGUCGCUGCUAUUGAGGCUACUUAUAAUCUCAGCGACUUAUUUCGCGAAGGUCUCAGUGCAUCCAGAUCAGAGAGAAGCACGCCUCGACCCAGCCAAACAAGCUUCUCCUACCACUCUCCACCGCAAACGGGCAGGGAAAGCCGUUCUUCGAACCACUCCUCGCGGUCCAAAAGAGAGGGCAGCAGCAAAGGUUCAUACCAAGAGGAGCGACCAAGAAACCCCCCUCAUGUACCCGAAACUCCAGUGACCGAGUUCGAAGACACACCAGUCUCGCCGGAAAGCCGAUCCCCUCAGAUGCCCAACAUCAUGAUCCUUGGUCCCACCAGCGACGGUGGCCGUGGCAGCCGCUGGCCAAGCAGCGCGUCCAACUUGUCCAACUACUCGCACAACAGCAACCGAACCUCGAGCACGACCACAACGACCACCGCCACCGAAGACCUAAAUGUGACCCGCGCCAAGAUUCUCGUUUUGCGCGCUGCUGUCCAGCUUGGAUUCAACAAGGAGGCCAUUAUAGACAUCAAGACAGGUGCCACGGCACUGCAGAAGUUUGUAUCCGAGCUGCAGCCCGGUGCAUUUGGAUCUCUUGCUACGCAUGCCACGUUGUUGCAGCAGUACAAGGAAUCGAUUCUCACCGAUGUCUUCGUUCCGCGAAGCAGCUUUGUGCUCUCCUCACGGAUGAAGAGAGUGUCAGUGCAAGACUUGGCCAAGUCGGUGCAGGCUAUGAUAAGCACGUCCCAGGCUCGAUAUGGCUACCUGCGGGAGCUGUUCAAAUUUGUGUGCAGCUUUCCGCUCGAGGAGGCCGAUUCUCGAAGGAACCUCAUCAUCCAAGUUUAA